CACAUGUCUCAAUCUCUUUUUUUUUUCGGUAUUGUUAUACCAGGGGUAUGGGUGCGGGUGGCAGCACUGUGGAGGUGGCAGACUGGGAGAGGCGGGAACAGGGAGAGAGGGGAGACGCGUGGCCAGAGAGGAGGCCAGCGUGUGCCUGCCUGUUUUGGAAGUGUUUCCCUGCCUGUUGAGUGCCUGUCGUGCCCUGGGAGGCUUGUGGUGCCCCUAUAAACUUGUAAAGCAGUGUACUUGCAGAGGAUUUGUCGAUAAACCUAGGAAAUAGUGCCCGUGUUUUCCCUUGUGCCCCGGCUGUGCCCCGGCCUCGUGUGUGUGUGUGUGUGUGUGUUGUUGUCCCGGCGUUUAUAGUGUGACUUAUUUGAGGCCCCGCUGCUCUAGUUUCUUGACCUGUGCCCGUGUGGAUAACACGCCCGCCCCGAGUGAGGGGUGGGCACAACAGUAUUAUUAGAAACAUGAACCGUCUAACAGCCACGAAAAAGAAAUUAAAUUUUUCGUAUGGAGAAGCAAAAAUCACAGGAAUUUGGCUUUCUAAACUAACCUAAUUCACUCACCCUUCUCUCUCUCUCUCUCUCUCUCUCUCUCUCUCUCUCUCUCUCUCUCUCUCUCUCUCUCUCUCUCUCUCUCUCUCUCUCUCUCUCUCUCUCUCUCUCUCUCUCUCUCUCUCUCUGUCAAAUGUGCAGGUAUGGCAGUCCAUGGAAGUAAUGUUUGGCAGAGCAAAGGACUGACUUGUGUUCCUUGUUGAUAACAAACAAACAUGAGCAGGCAGGGUGUAGUAAUGUUUUGAUGCUACACUGAUGCAUUGACAAAUAAUAAUCAUAAAUGGUUUAUUAAUAAUCCAGUUAGGACUAAAUUUAUAUUGUACUGAAUAAAAAAUAAAAUGUGAUAAAUAUACGCUUAAAAUUAGGAUCUUAUUAACUAAGGUGGUAUUACAGGAGGAGGAGGAGGAGGAGGAGAAAGUUUUGUAUUGCUGUACAGGAGGAGGAAGAGAUUUUGUGUUGCUGGCAAGAGGAAGAGAUUUUGUGUUGCUGGGAAGGGGAAGAAGAAAUUUUGGGCAGUGAUGGAGAAUGUGGGUCCCUCCUGGCUGGGUCCUGCAUCCUGGUGGUAUGAGUUGCCAGCGCUGCAUCUCUUCUACAUUGCUGCCAUGCCAGGGACACAUUGUGAAGCUGGAACUGAAGCUGUUGGCCGAUGUGGGUCUGGUGGGCUUCCCUAAUGCUGGCAAGUCCACACUGCUGUGGGCCAUCUCCAGGGCCAGACCCAAGGUGGCCAGCUACCCCUUCACGACGCUGCAGCCGACCCUGGAUGUGGUGGAGUACAGUGACAUGCGGCGGCUGACCAUCGCUGACCUGCCAGGACUCAUUGAGGGUGCCUGGGCCAACGUGGGGAUGGGGCACCGCUUCCUGCGCCACGUGGAGCGGACACACUUCCUCCUCUUUGUGGUGGACAUCAACGGCUUCCGGCUGUCACCCAAACACCCAUACCGCUCACCCACCGAGAAUGUCAUGCUGGUCAACAGGGAGUUGGAGCUGUAUUCACCUGACCUGCUGAGUAAGCCAGCACUCCUUAUGGUGAAUAAGAUGGACUCCCCCAAUGCUGAGUCUUGCUGCAGGAACUCCUUCACAACAUUAAGAGGAUGGAGGAUGAGUACAUGGGAACAUAAGAAUACAAGGGAAGCUGCAAGAAUCUGUCAACCCACAAUUGGCAUUUCCUGUCAGAAAUGCCUUCAGAUUUCUAUCUAUCAUCCUCAUACCUAAAUUUAUUUGGUCUUCUUUUAAAAGCUCCAUAUUGACAGGACAUUAACAGCCAUAAGAAAAUAGGGGAAGCUGCAGGCAGCCAUCAGUCCUUAACAUGACAAUCCCUGUAUGAAACAUGCCUGCCUAUUUCCACCCAUCUCCCCCAUCCACAAGUUUAUUUAGUUUUCUUUUAAAGCUUCCUAACGACUCAGCACUAACAACCAGAUUACUGAGUCUAUUCUAUUCAUCAACCACUAUAUUUGAAAACUUAUUCCUUUGUGUCUCAUUUAAAGCUAGCUUUAUCAAGCUUGAACCCACUAUUUCUUGUCCUAUCCUGAUCACUGAACCUAAGGAUUUUGCUCAUGUCAUCCUUGUUAUAUCCCCUAAGUAAAGACCUGAGGGAGGAAGAGAGUAGAGACAUCUUUUAUCAUUAUCUUUUCAUCUCAUUUACUCCUUCAUUCCUGUUGGUUUGAUAUUCUGUGUUUGAAGCACCAAGCCAACUGAUUAUGUGGCACUGAGAUUGUUAUAGUUAUUUUAUACUAUAUUAGGUGAAUACCCUCUCCAUUAGGGGCUGAUAGGACUAAGAGUGUGAAUGAUGUGUGUAUGAGCGGAUGGUGCUUUGUCUGGGCCACCCUGUGUGGGAUUGCCAACCUGGUAUAUGGACAGAUGGACAGAUAGAUACAUGGGUCAAUAAUUUGGAGCUUGGAUAUGAAGAAAAUGUAAAACUAGUGGAGAUGUUUCAAAGGACACAGGAAAAAAGGCUGCAGUGUUUUAGCCAUGUGAAGAGAAGGAAAGAGUCAUAUGUCAGGAGAAGUGUGAUGGAGAUAGAGGUGCAAGGCAGGAGAGCAAGAGGAAAACUAAACCUUAUAUGGAUAGACUGUGUAAGGAAGGACUUGAGACAGAAACAAUUGUCAAAGGAAAAUAUAUAUGACUAUGCUUGGAGGAGAGCUGGCAAGAACAAUGACUCUAUAGAGACUAGGGAAAAGAUAUCAAGAAGAAGAAAUUAUGGAGGUGUAAGAAUUAAUAAGGGAAUUAUUGAGGUGUUUGGGCUGUGGGAGGCUGUGGAAGACAGUGCCUGGAAGUCACCAAAUUCAGGGUAAACCUUCCACCAUGGUCCAGGAAGUCAUCAGCCAGUAGAGAUGAGUCCAGAGCCUGACAUGCCACCACCUAGUAGGAGGGAAUGUAUUUAUAAAUUUCUUGAAUAGAGUAUAGUUGUCUUACAGGGUUAAGUGUCUUGUAAGGAUAUAAAUCCUGCUAUAUUUACAGUCAGUGCAGGCCGAGGUGAUCUGGAAGUCACACCCUGAGCCUCUUUCCCUUCUAAUGUGGCUGCUGAGUGGUGCUCUCAUAAUGUUCUUGACACUUCCUCAAAUAUAUUUAAGAUAUUUUCUAUCACCAUAUUAAUUAAACUUUCCCCAAACUUUUUUUUUUUCAUAUCAACAGGAAAACGGAGUAUUAAACCUUCUGGAAACAAAAAUGUGUCAGCAAUAAUUCAAAUCAAGGAUAACAUUGAAAAUGAAACAUAAUAUUGAAAAUGAAAACUGGAAUCAUGACGCCUCUUGUGGUUGAGUCGUCCCAGUAGUAGUGCAGUGACUCUCCUUCACUAGGAAUUACUAAAGACUAGUGUUUCUUAUUGUUACUGAAAAAGGACAGAAUAUAUUUUCUAUCUUAGUUUAAGUAAAUUAAAUAGAUGAAAGAAUUUUUGCCUUUGUCUUUUCACGAAAUAAGCCUCACUGGCUUUUGAAGUGAGAGUAAUGAGCUCAUUAUAUUUAGUGAAGCAUUCUCCAAAGUAAAGUCCUCUCUUUUGUAAAGAAUUUCCUGUACAUAUGGAGUGACAUCACAGCCUGUGUAACACAUUCAUUACCUGGUCAACCUACUGUGGGAGGGAACAUUGCUACCAUUCCAGUAUUUUGUAAAGCGUGUUCAUGUUCAUCUUUGAUUCCUGCACUUACAUGUGCAUCUUUCCUGUAAAUUGAAAAUGUUUUUAAUGCCUUUCUGCACUAAGUGACGUUUCACAUGAAGACAUUUUGAUGCAUGCAUUCUGUUCAUAAGAGGGUCUCAAGUGACAGUCAUAGUAAUAAUCACUGGACUGAUGACUGACGUCUGGGAAUGUCAAAAUGGUGACUAAGGAUGUCAGACUAUUAACUAUUGACUGGAGACUGGUGACUAAGAAUUUCAGAGUAGACUGGUGACUUAGGAUGUCAUUUAGGAUAGUGAGUAAUGAUGAGGAUCUUGAUUGAUGAGUGGUGCCUGAGGAGUGUGACUGGUGACUAGUGAUUGAAGGUGUGUCAUGGGUGACUUUAUGUAUUUGACUGGUAAAAUAGAAUGUCUCUUAGGAUAAUGAGUACUGACCAUGAUUUUUGACUGGUGAGUGGUGGUGUUCCUGGGUGGUGUUAACAACUGGUGUUCCUCACAGACUAUGUGUUGUGUUGCUCCUGUGGUGCCAAACUCACAGAGAACUCAUGGGAUAACUUUGUAAACAUCUCCAUUCCACUGUCUGAGGCAUCCCAGCUGGUGACCAUCCUGGGACACCCCCACCUCAUGGUCCAGACCCUCAGGAACCCUGCUGACCUUGCUUUUGACUUGGUGACUGUCAGGAGGUCAGGCUGCUCAGGAGUGGGAGAGGAUAUUUGAACCAGAAAGCAAAGCCAACACAACCCACUUCAAAGCUUCCUUGGAGGGUUUCUAUGGACUCAUUCUAGAGAAACUGGUCACUGAGAAAUUCUCCUAAACACAGAGGCAGGCAGUCUCCCAAUUGAAGCAGGCUGAAGCUAAACACUUGAGGCAACAAGAUUCAAUCUACUUUUACAUUUCAGACUCUCUCCUCAUUGGCCUUCCCAAGCACCAGCAGUAUUAGCACAAUGGCACAAGACAGGGAGGACAUGGUGCCUCUCGAUCCCGAGCUUCUGGCUGAGCUGGAGGAGGAAGCAGCCUCUCGCUAUACUGAGGAGGAUAACCAGUUUACAGAGCACUGCAAGAAGAGCCUGCCUAAGCCGCCAAUACUCCCUGCUGACAGAUUUGACCGCAACAGACAGUGCAGAGGCAACUUUAGGCAUCAAGACUACAGGAAGGAAGGAGGCUGCACGGAUCAAGGGGAGUACAGAGGUCAUGGGAAUUAUAGGGAUCGUGGGAAUUACAGGGAUCACAGGAGGGAAUAUUCUGACCACAGGCAAGGGAGGUUUGUCAGUGACCACAGAGAUCAUGAUGACAGCAGAAGGGAUAGCGAGAAGAGGAAGUACAGGUCUGAGAAGGAGAGUGAUGAGUAUGGAAGAAGGAAUUACCAGUCCAGCAAAUACUACAAUGGGUGGGGGGGGAGUGUCACCCUGUUGAGUUUUGUGAAUCCAGUGGCUGGUAUAUUUAUCUUUCAUCAGGGACUUCACACAAGCUUCCACGCCAUUAAUUCUUUGACCAUUACCAAAGGUUACUGACAUUUAAUUUACAUUUAAAUGCCUGCCUGCCUGUCUGUUCAUAUCUUUCUCUCACAACGUACUCACCAUUCACUUGUGAACAUUUAGAUUUUUAGGAAAUAUUUUUGAGCAAGUUCCUUCAUCACAAGGCAACCAUCUACUAAAAAGAAAGAAAAAUGGAAUAUAUGUUGGCAUUUCCUUGAUUGCUUUUGGUGUUAGUGUGUGACUUUCCAGAGUGACAAUACAAGUGUUAUCCCCACUACAAGUCAUGCACUAUAUAUAACAUCACUGAGUAUCUUUUCUCUCAUUUUCAUAUAAAUGUUUGUAACAUUUUCAUAUAAAUGUAUGCUAACUUUUAUGCGGACUUCCUGUAAGAUUUUUUAAAAGUAAAGUAUUUUUCCAAUUUACGAUUAUAUACUAAAAACCUCCAAGAAAAGUAUUUUUCCAAUUCACGAUUAUAUACUAAACCUUCACCUCCAAGAUAAGACGUGAUGGUUCAUAACGUGCACAGGAAUGGCAUCCAACAAAGUAAUUGUUGCCAAAGCCUCCAGUAAUCCAGAACCUUAAAAAAGUUGCAACCCUCACUUUAGUCUGAAAUUUUUAUACUGUAUGUCUGCAUAAUUAUCAAGUUACAUCCCCAUGCAGCCUCAGCACACCAAGGCAAGGAGAUACCGUGAAGGAUUAGACCAAACAUUAACACAGGUAAAUCUUUAAACUUACACUAAAUCUUAAGAUGGCAAGGCAACAACUACUUUGUUGGAUACUGUUGUAAUAUGUAGUUUUUAUUCUCACCCAAACUUUCUGGCAUAAAUUAAGGAUGAAUGAUGAAUAAGGCUGCCACAAUUUGUAAAGAAAAUACUGACUGAUGUUAAUAAUAUGGAUUUAAGAAGUAAAUGUAAAAUAAACCUCUGCAUGAAUAACAAGACUUUUCUGUAGAAUGUGUUGGUUAGUGUGGUGAUGACUGCUGCUGCUGCUGCUGCUACCGCUGCAGGUCAAGUGGCUUCUUGGGACUGUGCGUCACAGUACUCCUUGAUUUCUGAAAUAAACAUUGAAUCAUUA